AUGGAAAGUCAGCUAGUGAGCGUGAGAAAGGGCGCAUGGGCUCCCGAGGAAGAUAUCCUCCUCCGGAGAUGCGUCCUCCAAUACGGUGAAGGGCAGUGGCAUCUAAUUCCAGAGAGGGCAGGUAUGCCUUUACCUUAUUCAAUCAUGUAAGUGGUAAGAGUCUUUAUGGACUGCUACGUUGUUCAACUCGUAGCUCUUCUUUCCUGGAAAUGAAGCAAUUAAAUCGGUUCUAUACUCGCUUAAAAGUGGAAAGACUUAUAGAGAUGAGAGGAGUUUGUUUCCGUAGUCAUGAACCAGUUUCUCCUGCCUGCCUUCUGAAAAAUCCUCAGGUUUGAAGCGCUGCCGUAAGAGCUGCCGGCUGAGGUGGCUCAACUAUCUGAAGCCGAGCAUCAAACGAGGGGUCUUUCAGGAGGACGAAGUCGACCUCAUCAUUAGGCUCCACAGGCUCUUGGGUAACAGGUUUGUUAUUAUAGAAGACUUUCCUCAAGAAUGAACUCCCAUUCAACAACGUGGCUAUGACUCGCAUGUCAAGUUAAGCGUCCUUUACCUUUCAGGUGGUCGCUAAUAGCAGGUAGAAUUCCAGGCAGAACGGCGAACGACAUCAAGAACUACUGGAACUCAUGCUUAUGCAAGAAGGUUGGAGUCCGAGGGGAGGUGGCCGGGAACAUCAACAAAAGAAACACCGUUGACUCGGCUGUGGUCAAGUCCAAAGCCAGCGACUUGCCCCAAAAACAGUACCCAUUAGGACGAUCUAGGCCACCGCCUCGCCCAGCCCACUUCACAGAGGCUACCGGUGGUUCUUGCCAUGAGAUUUUCAGGCCUCAGCCUCGUACCUUGUCAGAGGGCACCAUCUGCUUGCCGGAAAUCAUAGCAUGCAAUGAGUUUCUCCCCGGCGGGCAGUGCUUUCCCCCUAAAGAUGAUAGGCCCGAAAGCGAGCAAGAUCCCAUGGCGUGGACGAGGCUUCUGCUGGAAGACAACGAAAACGACGAGGGACAGCGACAACACGAGGAACGAGAAGAAAAAGUGGCUAUCCCCGUUCGAGAGGAAGAAGACAUACUCGAUUGGAUACCCCAGACAGAUGGGGAGGUAGAACGAGGUUGGUGGCUUCUGGGUUGGGAGGACGUUCUCUGCGAUACAAACCUAACGUCUGAGACCUGCCGGGGUUGA